GAUCUCUUUGGAGUCCCAGUCCCAACACUUGCCCCUCCCUCUUACCCCUACUGCCGUCACCACUUCAAGCAGCCUCUCGGCAACCCACUCACGCUCAAAUAAUUUUUCCUUCUUCACACUGUUCCAGAAUUCUUUGCUUAGUCCCGUCUUGACCGUGCCCGGAUGGAGUCCAAUUGCCACCGCCUUCUCCCCGGAGACCGUUUUCAAGUGAUUAUCAAACGUCUUCACCACCUGAUUGACGCCAGCCUUCGAAGCUCGAUAGCUAUACCAACCUCCCAGGCGGUUAUCUGAUAUGCUACCCACUCUUGCCGACAUGACUGCAGUCGUGGAUAUCUCCGGCAUACCCUGCAUGUUGGCUAGCUCUACUUCGCCACCACUUCCUUUGCGAUUCUUCGUCGGAAGGAACGGAGAGAAGUGCUUGAGUAAGAGCAUAGGGCCGAGCGUGUUGGUACGGAAUGUCAUCAGCGCGUUCUCAGCAUCGAUCUGUGCAGGCGAUUUCUCCGGGAACAACAGGCCAGGCAGCAUAAAGGCGAGUUGGAGCUGAUUGGAGUCCACUGGGAAACUCUCUUUGCACGCUGCAGCGGCUUCGGCUAUGGAUGAUUCGUCUAGAAUAGGCAGGGACUUACCCAAAACGUCCACGUUGAGUAUUGUCAGCCGCUCGCCAUCAACAUCAAGCCCAUCCAGUAUUUUUUGCUUCGUCCCAUCCAAAUCCUUUCGUGCUGUUGCUACCACGGGGGCUUUCGUCGUUUGCAAUACUCGUCUUGCGAGCGCGAAGCCAAUGCCUCGCGAGGCCGGCGUAAUAAGCGACCAGGGUCUCAUCGUUUCGUACGCUCAUGAAUCUAGAGACGUUGUAUCGACUGAUGGCAUAUACAUGUUGAUUGGAUCUCAAAGAAUCAUCCUCUUUGUUCGAUCUACGAUCCGACGCGACGCGUACAUUUUGCAGUGUGAUAGUUCUAGAACGCAAGCAUGUAUGACGACAUAUGGUGGGUAUCGGCUGAACUAA